AUGGUAGAGGAAUAUACCAGUGCGGCACGCAAGGUUAUCAUGAUGAAUAGUUUCACCAUGUUUGUUUAUACUAUGUUUAUAUUCUGUGAUGAUUUACCCUGGAGCAUGGUGGCCAUGGGUUUUGUUACACAAUUCCUUCAUUUAGCCAUAAUGAGUAAUUUUCCUUUUAUUAAAUUCCUAUCGUUAUCCUUUAUUGGUACAGUGGUGUGUUUAAUAGCAAAUCAUUUGUUGGCCUUUCAACAUUUUACCUCAGUAUAUUAUCCAUUUACUCAGAUUUUAGCUUAUUUUACCAUUUGCUUGUGGAUGGUACCAUUCGCUCUCUUUGUUUCCUUAAGCGCUAAUGAUAAUGUUCUGCCCACCACUAUUAGUGAUAGUGAUCAUCAUAUGGGUCAAGAUGUUGUUAGUAAUUAUUUUUCACGCGGCAAGAAACAGGGUCUUUUAUCACUAUUCAAUUAUGUUAAGGACUCUAUAAUGCCGGGACGAAAUAAAAAAUCGUUUUGAAUUCUCGUUUAUUUGAAAUAUUUUUUUGGAUGUUGACGCUAAACAUCAGCUCAGAGUGUGAAAAUUAUGUAGUGUUAUAAGUAAUGAAGUUUUCUUAAUAAAAAAAAAGACUUUUGUAUAAAAUUUUCAUAUAGAUUAAGGACAUUAUUUUUCUCAUUCAUGGCAAAUAGUUGAACAUUUAAAAUAUAAGCAAUAUUUAUUGAAAUUUAAAA